UCACUCACCAGCAUAUUCGCGCUGCAAGACGUGCACCAUCGCCCCAAAACCAACGUGCCAGCAAACAAGUCAUUAAAGCGCAGACAGCUGCGUUUUUUUUUUCUUUCUGGACUCCGCAAGAACAAGACGAGUGGCGCUCGCAGAAGCUGCGCCGCGUUUUUUUACGCACACCUUAUACAUUCGUCGUCACGCAGGGCGUGUUGUUGUUCGCUAACGUGCGGAUCCGGUCGCCGGCUCCAACCUGCCCUAUCAAGGGCACGUCUUAUCGGCUAGCGACCGCCUAUCGGUUUCUUCCGUCGAGCGAGAGCGAUCCGGCCAGCCGUGUAACGAAUUUCCUCUAGGUGGCGUUGGCGCACCUCGGCGCUCGCAGAGCAGACGCCUAUGCGUGCAUUAGGAGUUACGGAAAGUGAACCGCGUGUUCGCAUUCGUACGGCAGGGCCGUAGCAUGGCCGUAGUUUCUUCCCGCGCGCGCGCGGUUAUGACGCGUACGGCAGAAGCCGCGAAGUCGGUUGCGAGUCGGCCCAGUCGGGCGGCGGAGACCAUGCUGCGGCGCGUAUUCGAGCUGGUGAGCUGUCUGGUACGGUGGCUAGUAAGUCUGGCGUCUUUCGUCUUCGGCUGGCUACCGGUCGGCCGCGAACGUCUCGCGGGCGACGGCCGGCGGGUGCUGGUGAGCGGCUGCGACUCCGGCAUCGGCCUGCGGCUCGCGCAGAGGCUUCACGACGCCGGCUACCGGGUGCUGGCGGGCUGCCUGAAUGACGACAGCGAGGGCGCCCGACACCUGGCGACGCUGUGCGACGGCGAGUGUCCGGUGCAGGUGCUGCCUCUGGACGUCACCAGUGACCAGAGCGUCCAACGGGCCCUCGUCCAGGGACAGGUGCAGGACAAAGGCCUGUGGGGACUGGUGAACAACGCCGGAGUGUGCGUGCUCGGCGAGUUCGAGUGGAUGACACCGGAGCAAGUGGAGCGCACCAUGGCCGUCAACCUGUUGGGCACCCUACGGCUCACCAAGGCCUGCCUGCCCUUCAUCCGACGGAGCAAAGGUCGCGUGGUGAGCCUGAGCACCGUGGUGUCGGCGGCGCCCAGCUUCCCCUGCAUGGCCGCCUACUACGUCAGCAAGGCUGCCGUCGAGUCAUUUAGCCGCUGUUUGCGCCUCGAGCUGGCCCGGCACGGAGCGCACGCGAGCGUCGUCCGGCCCGGUGACCUGGUCAAGCACACGGCGCUCAUGGACCACCAGGCCGACGAAAACAAGGCGAGUGUGCGCACUCGUAAACUGGGGUGCAUAGCGCAAGAACGACACAAGGACGAAGCAAGAACACGGGUCGAGCGCCAACUUUCAACAAUUGACUUAUUGCAGCUGGCCAUGUGGGACUCCAUGGACGAGGAGCAGCGUCUCGCUCACGGGCCCCACCUGGCGGGCUUCGCGCGCGGCUGCCGGUCGAAGCAGGGCGCGCUGUCUCCGGGUCGACUCGACGACAGCCCGCUGUUCGGCCACGUCGAGCACGCGCUGGGCUCCCGGCGGCCACGCGCCCUCUACGUGAGCGACCGCGGCCUGUGGCCGCUGUUCCUGAGCACGCUGGCCCUGCUGCCCACGGCGGCGUCGGACGCGCUGUGGGUGCUCUACUACAUCUUCCUCGGGCGCCUCGGCGGCGACAGAGCUUCUUAG